ACGGAUUCCAUGGCGGACGUGCUGAGGAGCCUGAACCUCCUGGAGGUGCUGAAGGAGUCCAUGGAGAAGAAGGGGCUCUCCGAGGUGAAGGAGGCGGUGGAAGACCUCCUCAUCAGCAGGGUGAACAUCGCUGUGGUGGGGGAGAGCAGCCCGAAGAAAACCGCCCUCCUCAACUCCCUACGCGGCCUGGGGCCCGGGGACGGUGGAGCGGCCCAGUUCCCCUCCCCCAGCCCCCAAGAGGAGCUGACAGUUUACCCAAACCCCAAACACCCCGACUUCCAACUGUGGGACCUGCCCGUGGUCCCUGAUAGCUCACCCUUUGACCCAGAGGAGUACAAGAAAGUCAAGUUCCUGUGCUACAACGCCGUCAUCAUGACGUCCUCUCGGAUGCGGUUUUGCAGCAACAGCGCCCUCGUGUGGCGGGAGGCCAGAUCGCUCCAGAGGGAGGCUGUGUACUUCGCCUUGCUGGCCUCUGAGCGCGACUCGCGGGAGUCCAUGGAGCCUAGGCGGAAAGCCAGCCAGGAGGGGUUGGGGUCGGAGGGCCUGGCUUCCUCGAGGGUCUUCCUGGUACGUGGCACCGCCUUGGAGACCCUGGACUUCCCCGAACUCCUGGAGGAAAUGUGGCGGGACGUCCCGGAGGUCAAGGCCGCCGCCCUCCUCCUGGCCCUUCCGGCCCUGUCCGUCGCCGUGGUGACCAGAAAGCGGGACGCCCUCAAGACGCUGGUGUGGGCGGCGGCCUCGCUCUCGGGCGGCGUUUCGGCCAUCCCCGUGCCCCUGGUGUCCUCCGCGGUGGACGCCGGCGCGGGGGUGAGGAUCCCGAGCAAGGCGUGUGACUCGCUGGAGGGGCUGGCCCGCCGACGGGGGCGGGACGGGGCGCGGCUCAAGGCCCUGCGCGCCUGCCCCCUCUCCCAGGAGGUCACCAAGGGCGACGUGAAGAAGCUGCUGGCGGCCGCAGAGAAGCAGAAGCCCACUGGUGCCCGCGUGGUGGAGAUGGCGCUGCCCGUGACCGCCAAGUCCGCCAGCCGCUCCUUCACCACCAUGUUCCUGGCGCUCAAUGGCGCCGAUGCGGAAAGGGUGGUGGCGGCUGCAGUCGGGGGGGCAGAUUGAGGAACUGAAUUCUU